AUUCUCUUUUACAUCAACAAAAGAAUGGCCCCUCCAAUCCCCUUAAUCUCCCUCUCUGACCUCGAGCAACACGCUACUGCGGUCCAACCCCAGAGUCCCUUCGCAACCAGCCCUACACAACGGCUACGGAAAAACAACACACCGCCGCCGCCGCGCGCCCUGACCGAUUGCCCCCUCAAAGAAAUAACGCAGUACAAGUGCAAUGCCGAGAAGCCGAAAGGAGCGAAAAGGCCAGUCGUUAUAUGCGACCCGGUCGUGAGGUUAUUCAGAGUGUGCGCGAAUGGAAUGCAUGUUGAGACUACGGCAUGGGAGGAGUGGAAAGCGGGGCAGCUGCAGCAGUCGGGAGUGAAGGAGGGGAAGACGACGUAGAACUU